AUUUGGGAGAAACUUUGUUCAACCGGCUCCGGUUACGUGCAGUUCACUUCGGCUUUCAAUUGAUUUUGUUCUUUCGCGGUGUCAAGUACCUUUUCUCUCUCAAGAAAAUUUCAAAGAAAGUGUCUCAGUUUUUUCAAGUGUAUUUUCCUCGUCAAAAAAAGUUCUCCAAGCAAGCAGUUUGAUUCCACAGCAGAUCCCAAGCAAAUAAAGUGAAAAAAAAAAUGGCUUAUCGAAACAAUAACCGUCGCAAUGGAGGUGGUGGAAAUUUCGGCAACAACUACGGUGCGGGCCGAAUCAAUCCUUGGGACACGGGUGUGGGCGGGGGCCGGGCUAACAAUGACGCCCUCACACUGGCCAACAGUCUGAUCAAUAAUUUACUCCGCAAUCAAAACUCCAACCAGGUGCCGCCGUCGCUCCUGGACGGCGUCCAAUCGUCCCGAUUCGACGAUAUGAAUGGAUUCAACUUCAUACGGAAUCGGUACGGCAAUAACCGUAGAAAUAACGGCCCCCAAAAAGGUGGCAUUCGUAAACCGGAUGCUUUCACCCGUUCCAAGAAUGUUCUGGCCAAAAAUUCCCAAAAUAAAAACAAAAACGAUAAAGACUCGAGCAAGAAAGAGAGCAACAAGCAGGGAGCAAAUAAGAAAGGCAACUCAAGCAAUGCUGGAAACAACAAGCAGUCGAAGACUUCCCCUUACGCCGAUGUUUCCAACGAGUACCUGUACUGUCACAUGUGCGACAAGCACAUGUACGAUGCGACCUCGUUUGAGAAUCACAUCACCGGCCGUACCCAUCGGGUAAUGAAGGAAAGCAUCGAGGAGAGCUACCGCAUGCGGGCCACCCUGCUCCGCCAGGAAGCCCGCAUCGCCGAGCAGCUGAAGACGAUCGAAAUCGACCGGCUGAAGCGUAUGGGCAAGGCCAAGAACUACUCCAAGAUGCGCGAGUAUUGUCCGAUGUGCGAGCUGUUCUUCUACGGACACAUCAUCGCCCAUCGUCGGUCCGAGAAGCAUCUGGAUCUGAAGAAGUUCUUGCACCCGAAGUGUGACGAAUGCGAACUGGAGUUCCACAACCGCACCGAGUACGAUGACCAUUUGCUGUCUGUGGUUCACAUGAAGAAUUGCAAGACCAAACCAUGCCGACUUGACAUCGAAAAGAAAGCAAAACAAUUGGUUAUCUCCACUGCUAAUGAUGAAUUGCUAGACAUUCGUGAAGAAACGGCCCCGAAGAAUAAGAAGAAGGACAAAGAUGCUGCCUCUUCGGCAGCGAAAAAAACCGAACAAAGCAAACCCUCGGCCGCUGCGACCGAAUCUACAGAGAAUGGCGAAGCUGCCAAGGAUUCGGAAACGGCAACCGAGAAGCCCGCCACGGAGGAGGGAGCUGCGGAAGCCAAGAUGGACGAAGAUGUCCCAGAGGAUGAGGUCGUCAAGGACGAAGAGAGCGAAGAUUGCAUCCUGGACUACAAGCCUGGCGAUGAGAUCGCUCCGGAAAUCGACACCAAGCUGCCACGGUACAAGAAGAACCGUGCCCUUGGUGUGAGCCUGAUCGGCAAGCUCGAGUGCCACGAAUGCAGCAUCUGCUUCAAGUACUUCGACAACGAAGCCACCGGGGAAAUCCACGCCCGCACGCACUCCCAUUACCGUGCGUUCAUUCGCUUCCUGAACGAGAAGGCCCAAGAGGUGCGUAUCGCUCAGAAGCGCGCCGCCGUCGCCCUGGAAGAGGCUGAAGCCGCCAAGAAGCAGAAGCUGGCUGCCGAGGAAAAGAAAUCGGAGAACGGCGAUGCUGAGAAGAAGGAUUCGGAGCUCUACGACCCAUCGGAGGCUACUGGUGAAGAAUCUGCCGACGCCAGCAUGGCCGACGACAGCAAGAGCGAAGAGGCUAACGGUGAAUCUCAGGCGGAGCCGAUGGACACGGAGAACGCCGAAGCGAACAAGGGCGACGGGUCCGCCGCCGCGGACGACAAAUCCACCGCCUCGUCCGGUGACGCCAGCAAGGCCGACGAUGCCGCCAAGGAGGACGGCAAACCGGAGAAGGAAGGUGAAAAGACCCCCGCCAAGAGCCGACGGGGACGCGCUGGACGUUCCGGUCGCUAUGGUGGACGAUACUAAAAAAAACAUCCCAGGAACUAAAAAAGUUUAAACUCAGAUUCAUCACCAUUUUCAGCUUUUGAGAAAUGAUCGGAAGAAAGGUUUUUUGUGCAAAUCAAUGCAAAUUUUCAGAAGAGUUCUGGAGUCGAACGACUAGUUUUAACCUACUGCAAUUGAAAUCACACAAAACCACAAGACACUUUCAGAUAUUCUUCUACUUUUAAUCUAUCAAACUCUACUAUUUCGCGAUUAAGAUCGUAAAGACGCAAGGCAAAAACAGCAUGUGAAUCCUUACAAUGAUUUUAAACAGUAUGAAUAGUUUGUGUUAGUUUGUGUUUAAUCACAUCAUUUUCGUUUUCGUGUUUAAUUCUAGAUAGGGUGAAGCACCCGCAAUGCGUACUACCUAUCGUUCGCAAUAUGUUUGAUAUAAUUUUAUUACCAAGCUGUAACGCAAAGUAAGAAAGAAUGAUAUGCAUUAAUAAAUAUAAAACAUCCAAGUGACAAAGUUCGCAAAAAACAUCUGAAGAAAAUAAUCAUUACAUUCAGAUCGUAUAAUAUUUCUUAAUAAAUGUGCACUCGAAGGCUUCUCGUGUCGUCUAGGCUUUCUAUUACCAAGCUUGCACGCACAACAUAACUGACCUGUGCAAACUUUUAAAAUGCAAAUGAUUCAAAUUGUCCUCGAUACUCCUGGAAGACGAGUGCACAUACUUACGUAUUUAUUAGUAUUUUAUGGGUAAUUGUGUACACUGUCUAGUAGCUGAUGUAACGGCUCGGCAGCAAGCAACAUAUUUAACAAAACAAGAAGUAUAAUAUAUUCUCUGAAAUGUAAGCAAAGCAAAUCAAAUGUUACUAGCUCAACGAGAAGAGAGGAUUAACUUUCUCAAACAGUGCAAUAAUUAUAGCACCAGCUUUGAGAAUAUUCUACUUUGAAACAGUAAUUUGACUGCACAUUGCGUGCCAUUGGAUUCUUAGAACUAAAGCAUUUGUCCUCCUAACAUUGUAAUCACACGGACUGCAUCACCAAGAUAAUAUAUACUCAAAACUGUGGCUAUAAUAUAAAACUUUCAAAAAGAACGUUCCAAGUUUAGUGGAGCUAUUUACUUGAUGAAGUUUAAUAUCCCUUCGCAUUGAGCUAGUAUCACUGGCCGAUUGAUUCAUUCUAUUGUAUCACAAGUUUAACAUAAAACACUAAAUUCUCGGUAUCGUUAAGUAAUCCAACUAAAGCAAAAACGAAAAAACAGAAAAUGUAAUUGUAUUUCACCAAAAAAUGUAGUAGCAUUGUUGUGAGGAGAGUUGAAACCUCUGCAGUAAAAAAAAAAAUUGCUUCUCUUUGUGUAGUUACAGCAAAAAUAAAAACCACUUAAAAUAUUGUGCAUCAACUUUAAUGAGUUUUUCUCUGCAGUGUUCCAACAAGGGAGAAUUAAUUUGUAUCUUUGGAUAAACCAGCAUACCAGCAGACAGACCGCUUAGCUAGACCGAUUUGAGACACUCUCGAUGCACAAAACCGUACGUAGUGCUUCAGUCGAAACCUUUCCUGGGUGCCACCCGAAAGUUGUAUGUUUCGGUCUUCUGUAAUAGCUGAAUUAGCUGACACCGCGCUGCAUGCCAAUAAAAUGUUCGUAGCAGUCUAUUCGUUCACAAAGAAACCAAAUAAGAAUGAAGCAUUCUGUGGGAUGAAGAUGUUUGAAAUUCAGAGAAAAAUUAGCCAGUAGCAGCAUACAUCUGUUAAUGCAUCCCGUAAAUCGAGACAAACAAAAAAACUAAAUAUUGAAAGUUAAAAAUAUUCCAAAGUAAUAUUCACAGCAAACAGAAAUUAAACGAAAAAAAAUGCAAAUACACGCGUCAUCACCGAUAAAACUAAAGGCAAAACCAAUACGCAAGCAAACAAAAAACAAACAGAUACCGAUGUAAUUGAGCAUUAUUGUGAAACCGAGAUUGAUCUUCUAGUGAUUGACCUAAAUAAAACCAAGCAAAAAUCUGAGUUUAAAACCAAAA